UCCAUUGAAAAUAUGUAUCUACUCAAUAUUUUUGGUCAAUCAACAUUUUCCUCUAGGAAUUAUUACUGAUAUACUGAUAGCAAAGCAAUCCAACCCAAAGCUUUGGUUGGGCCACGUCAGACAGGAAAGAAGUCACAGGCUGAAGCUGAGGACUGAGAAGCCAUGGCCACCACCCCAUCUCCACAGAUAGCAACCUUCCUCUCCUCCACUUUCCACCACUCAAAGUCCCACCCAUGCAUCUCUCUGGCAACCACAUCUCUUCCUUCUCUGCCAUCUCUCUCCCCCAUCACAAUCCCAUCCAAAAAAUCCAUUAUUUUUCAAAACCCACGUCCAAGAAACACCACCACACUCCGCCCCAUUACUCCGGCUGCCACCGCCGAAGACACUGCUCUGUCUCUGGAAUCUGCAGCGGUUGAUGCUGCCGACUUGGUCACCACCACUGAUGAUGGGGUGUCUGUGUUCAUUUCAGCUCUUUUCUUUGUUGCUUUCAUUGGGUUAUCUGUUAUCACUUUUGGGGUUGUCUAUUUAGGAGUGAAAGAUUUCCUGCAGAAGAAAGAGACAGAGAAGUUUGAGAAAGAAGCAGCAGCUAAGGGUGGAAAGAAGAAGAAGAAGAAAGUGGUCAGAGCCAGGGCAGGGCCUAAAGGAUUUGGGCAGAAGAUUGAUAAAGAUGAAGAUGAUGAUUAGGAUGCAAUUAACUACAAUGAAGUUAUGUCAGGUCCUAUGCAUUGGAAUGGGAAUUUACUUUAAUCAUUUUUAGCAUGAUUAGCAAAUUGUGUAGUCUUCACAAUGUGAUUGAGUUUCGGAAACAAGCAAAUUUUAGCAAGAGAAUUAUCUUGUUCGGCUUGAUAGAAUUUGAUUUUGAUGAAUCAUGAGUGAUAUAUUCGCGUGUUUUGAAA